GCUCGGUGCCAAACACUGUUUUCCUCACUUUCUAGAGGACACUGAGAGGACACAACGUGGUCUGGAGGGCAACGAGGAGAUGUUUUGUAAUUAUAUCACUUGUUUCGAGUUUCAUAGAUACAAAGCUGAGUUUAUACUGAGUUUAUUAUAUUGCUGUGCAUUAGACUGCAACUCCACGCGGAUAAAAAGGCAAGGGGACGAUUUAGAUCACUGAGCAAACUACAGCUAAAUCAUCCAUGUAUUUACCAAGGUGCGUCUCUGUGCCACGGUCUGACUUUGGCUCCGUUUCUCCGCAGUUUUUAGUGGAGAAAGGCACCGUUUUGUUGGACUAUAGCACCGCUUCGAGAGGACAGCCCGAGUUGCGCGGCUACAGCUACCAUGAGCCUGUGCAGCAUCCUCCGGGCACAGUGGCCCCGAACCAGGCGGAUCAACCCCUCAUCUCUCCGUCCCCGACCUUUUUUAACCUGGCGCGGGAAGCUGUUUUCCAUGAGUAUGGCUCACCAUAUCCGCCGGUAUCCGUCUCCAGCAAUAAGAACAGACUUGUGUACGGCGGGGAGGUUUACGGCGCUUCCUCUCACUUUUACGCACAGAUGUUGGAUGCACGAAGUUUGUACGGCAAACACUCUGCGUUCAGUCCGGACUCACACCUUCUCUCGUCGGUAGGCCAGAGCAGAACUAUUCCGCCGAGGGAAUUUACACCUAAAAACCAGAGGGAAAGGGAGACCAAAAGGACCGAGUGGAGGAGCUGUCAUCGCGGAGAGAGCAGCGAGGUGAGGGCGGGGUCAGAGUCACCGCGGGCCGGGAAGGAGGGAGAGGAGGAUGCGCUGUUGUCAAGCAGCAGUGGAGGAAACUGCAGCCAACCGAGUGAGUCUUAUAACUGCACAGAAUCCGAUGUGAAGAGGAAGAAGCGUUGUCCUUACUCCAGGCAUCAGAUCAGAGAGCUGGAGAAGGAGUUUCUCUGCAACAUUUACAUCAACAAGGACAGACGCGUUCAGCUCUCGUGUCUUCUGCACCUGACAGACCGGCAGGUGAAGAUUUGGUUCCAGAACAGAAGAAUGAAACAGAAGAAACUGGACAGAGAGAGACUGCAGUACCAUGCAGAAUACUACCUCUUCUGACGCGAGGCAGACGUCAUUUAUCUGCAAACCCAGUCACAGCAUUGUGUCAGUAACACAGGUGGUUAAUAGAAUAAAAGUACAAACAAGCAGACAGACACACAGAUGCAAUUAAAGGUGAACCCUGUAGCUCGGCCGAUUCCCCAAGAAUGCACCUUUUAGCCUUAUCUGACCCCAUCUUCCCUCUGAAGUCAUGUGGUUUACUGUGAAGCCAUUAACUCUGCCUCAGGACCUCAUGUCCUUUAAGUACUCAGAAAUGUGAGCAUACAUUCUUUAUCCCUCCUGUGAGGAAAAAAGAAAAGAAAUACAUACUUUCAACUUUAUGAGAAUAUCUGAUUAUGGGCAAGAUGUUCUGAUGUUCACACUGGUGACUGUUAAUGAGAUUUGUUUGACAAAUGUUGGGGAUUACAAUGCCAAUUUACCCAGAUGUAGAUCAAUAGGUGCAGUUCAAAUCAGCAGCUCUAUGUAGAAUGUGAUCAUUUUAGGAAAGCGAUGACAAUCAAUAUCAUAACAUUUUGUUUCUGUGUUUUUAUGCAGCAAAGCUUUACUAAUAGGUGUUUUCUUUGUUGUUCUUUGACAUUAUCAUCCAGUCAUUGUUUCAUGUUUAUUCAUUUGGAGUUUGCAUUUAUUGCAGCACUUAAAUCUAUCUGCAAUCUUAUACAACAUGAAAAUCUAAACAUCACAUGCCCAUGUGAUGUUUAGAUUUUGUAAAAAAAAAAAAGAAAAAAGAAAAAAAGAAAUUAAAAAAAUACUAACCAGAUGUUGUAAUGAGUGGCCUGUUUGUGUCAAAUGUGUUAAAAUAAGAAGAUAUUUACACAGAUUUUGCUUACAUUGUGCGAAAAUGUAAUAAAAGUUUGCCUGCGCGCUCA